CAGCAGCGGCCGUGGCGGCGGCCACACCGGGCGGUGGACACUUGGAGGGACCCGGCCCGCGCCUCCUGCCCCUGCCGCCGGCCGCGCCAUGCGGUGAGCGCCCCAGGCCGCCAGAGCCCACCCGACCCGGCCCGACGCCCGGACCUGCCGCCCCGACCCGCCACCGCACCGGGACCCAGACACUCCGAAUCCGGGCGCAGCCGCAGCUCAAGAUGGCCCGAGGCAGCGCCCUCCUGCUCGCCUCCCUCCUCCUCGCCGCGGCCCUUUCUGCCUCUGCGGGGCUCUGGUCGCCGGCCAAGGAAAAACGAGGCUGGACCCUGAACAGCGCGGGCUACCUGCUGGGCCCACAUGCCGUUGGCAACCACAGAUCAUUCAGUGACAAGAAUGGCCUCACCAGCAAGCGGGAGCUGCGGCCCGAAGAUGACAUGAAACCAGGAAGCUUUGACAGGUCCAUGCCUGAGAACAAUAUCAUGCGCACAAUCAUUGAGUUUCUGUCUUUCUUGCAUCUCAAAGAGGCCGGGGCCCUCGACCACCUCCCGGAUCUCCCCCCCGCAGCCUCCUCAGAAGACAUCGAGCGGUCCUGAGAGCCUCCUAGGCGUGUUUGUCUGUGUGCUGUAACCUAAAGUCAAACCUUAAGAUAAUGGAUAAUCUUAGGCCAAUUUAUGCAGAGUCGGCUCCUCCUGUUCUCUUUGCCUUGAUGUUGUAUUGUUAUAAUUUAAGAUUUUUUUUUGGUAAUUAGAGUGGCAAAAUAAAGAAUAGCAAUUACUUGCAAUUGUCUUUUUCUUCGACACCUCUGUCUCAUCAUCAGCGCCACCCAUGUGUUUUAAAAGAUAAAACUUGAUCAUAAUCAUGGAUUAGACAUGAAUUUUAAACCCAAAUUCUACCAUCAAGAGCAUCUGAGACACCACCUCUUAUUGCAUGUCCAGGGGACAUAAAGUUAUCUCAAUAUUAAGCCGAGUCAAAUGUAAUUAUGAAGGUAAGUCUGUUACUGAGAUGAACACAGACACAAAACAGACAAAACCCCUUCCCUCAUGGAGCUGAUAUUUUAGGGAGAUGGGAAUGAAAAAGACUACGAUAACCUUAAACAGAUGG